CCUAAAGAUGCCGAAGUAUCAGGCCUCACUGUUCAGCCUGGAUGCCGAUGGGAGCGUCAAGAAACAAAUCAGCAACAUCAGCCUCAGCAACGGCAUGGACUGGACUGACGACAACAGCGUCAUGUACUACAUAGACUCCAUGCCCAGCCAGGUAUGGGCCUUCGACUUUGACAUCACAGCUGGGACUAUUAGCAAUAAGAGAACUGUAGCAGACUUUACCUCUACUGAAAUCCCAGAUAUGGGUUUGCCUGAUGGGAUGGCUAUUGAUAUUGCGGGGAAAUUAUGGGUGGCUUUUGAUGGUGGGAAAGUGGUUCGACUCGAUCCAGAGACUGGAAAGGUCAUCAGAACUGUCAAGUUCCCAUGCGAAAGGAUUACGUCGUGUUGUUUUGGAGGGGCGGACUUCAGGGACCUCUACGUCACAUCAGCGACCCCGACACAACUCGAGAAAACAUCACUGGCUGGGUCACUCUUCAAGGUCACGGGGCUAGGAGUCCGAGGGCGCAAAGCUAACAUGUUCGCUGGAUAAGCGGUUCUCCGUUCAAUGCGUUUUCAAAACAAGCUCGUCCAUUGCUUGUAAAUCUAAUUUCGAUGUUAUGCAAGGUUUUAAGUUUAGUGUAUAUCCAGACUGCAUUUAGCAAGAUAUGCUGAAUGGAACACAGGGAUAUUUUGUCUUCAAAAGCAUGGAGUCGGUGCUUCGAUUAAUUAAGACCAAUAAAUAUUUUGAAAACAAAA